UAAAUGUGAUGCUCCAAAUUCCAAACGUUACAGAAUCCUCACUCCUAGUUAACUAGUACACUAUACCACUAUACCUAUACAAGGCCACACCUUCUUUUUGCUUAUUCCAACUCUUCUUCUAAGCUUUUCCUUCCUUCAAAUUCCUCCUGCGACCUCCACAUUUGCAACAAUUUCCCACCCUCUUUUCUCUUUUUUAUUUUUGCAAUUCCAAUUCAUCUCUCCAACUCUUCAUUUUGGCUUUUAAAUUUUGCAGAUUCUUCGCCGGAGAUGGAACCCGACAACAUUGACUGGGACAACAUCGAUUCUACGUUCUCUCAAGAUGACACCUACGAGAACUUCGGCGCGCCUAUGUGGGUUGAUCUCUCUGCUUUUGAUGAGUCUCUUGUUGAUGAUGAAGCCUGGUUUUGCACUCACGAUUGCAAGCAUCCAAAAACUGCUGAAGAUUUUCUUAAACCCACCACCACUCGCAAAUCCAAGGCGAAGCUGUUAAGAUUUGCAACCAUUUCUGAAAUUCUCCCCUUUAGGGACCGAGACCUAAGGGAAAAUUCUUCAAUUUUGGAAAGUUCUUAUGCCAAGUCUAGCGAGAGAUCCAGAAGACCCAGUUGUUCAGGAAGCUUUUAUGAAGAUAGUGAGAAUAGAAAUCCGAACUUUUCAGCUCCACUUCCCAAUGGUAGGACCAACAAGCUGAAGAAGCCACUGAUAAAGACAAACAAGGCCAAUUCAAAACAGAUGGAUAAUGGUCCAGUGGAGUGUCCCGUGAAAAGCAGCAAUAAAAAACCUCAGCUGAAGAGUACUUUCUCCGCACAAAAUUUGUUGGGUGGCAGAGAGAUUAUGAGUCAGAUCAGCGGGUUCUGCUCUGAAUUGAAGAGGCUAGCAACAAGAGGGAGGAAAGGGACAAGUCUUCAAAGUGGGGUGUCAGAAGAGGUGAAGGAAUGUGUGGUACACAGGGAAAGGGUACCUCUUCUUGUGGUCAAGGAUUCAAGGAAGGGACAAACUCUUGAAUGAUGGAAGGGACACACUCUUUAAUAAUGGAACAUGAUCAAGUAAUUGAGUGUAUUUGAAUUUUGAUUUUCCGUUAUACAGGAUUUUGACAGUGAAAUGGUGCUAUAAUCAUGCAUUUCAAAUUGGAUUUUCAGAGUUAGUGUAAUAAAAAAAUGUUCUGGCUCGGACCAGAAGAGUUUGGACUAGUCUUUCUUCUUGUUGGGGGCUGAAGGAAAGUAAAAGUUCAUGAUUAAUCAUAAGAAAAUAUAAUUUGUUCAUUUUUAUACUCUAACUUGUGCUCCUCCUGGUUUGGUUUGUGAGGGAUUUUGUCGGAGGAUUGUGUUUGAUACUCCCAUUUUCAACUA